AACAUUGUCCCUAUUUCUAAUCAAAUAACAGGGAAACAAUGACAAGUUCUGGAUGUGGCUAGCGGAUCCUGAGAGGCAGGGUAGCGGGACCCAGCCCGAGCGGUGUCUCUGACUCAUUUCUGACUUCAGGCAAGUUCUUUCAAAGGAGAAAAUGGCAAAGAUGUUCAGUUUCAUCGUUGUUGCCACUACUCUGCUAAUGGGCGGGGAAAGCUGGGCUCUUGAGAACUGUCUCCAGGAGCAGGCGCGGCUCAGAGCCCAGGUGAACCUGCUCCAGACCCGGGUCAAACAGCAACAGCUCAAGAUCACACAGCUUUUGCAUGAGAAGGAAGUCCAGUUUCUUGACAAAGGAGAGGAGAAUAUUGCCAUUGAUCUUGGAGGCAAGAGGCAAUAUGCAGAUUGUUCAGAGAUUUUCAACGAUGGAUAUAAGCGCAGUGGAUUUUACAAAAUCAAACCUCUUCAGAGCCCAAUGGAAUUCUCUGUUUUUUGCGACAUGUCUGAUGGAGGAGGAUGGACUGUAAUUCAGAGACGAUCUGAUGGCAGUGAGAACUUUAACAGAAACUGGAAAGACUAUGAAAAUGGCUUUGGAAAUUUUGUCCAAAAAAAUGGUGAAUAUUGGCUGGGUAAUAAAAAUCUUCACUUAUUGACUGCACAAGGAGACUACACUUUAAAAAUAGACCUUGCAGAUUUUGAAAAAAAUAGCCGUUAUGCACAAUAUAAAAAUUUCAAAGUUGGAGAUGAAAAGAAUUCCUAUGAGUUGAAUAUCGGAGAAUAUUCUGGAACAGCUGGAGACUCCCUUGCAGGGAAUUUUCAUCCUGAGGUGCAAUGGUGGGCUAGUCACCAAAGAAUGAAAUUCAGCACAUGGGAUAGAGAUAAUGACAACUACGAAGGGAACUGUGCAGAAGAAGAUCAGUCUGGCUGGUGGUUUAACAGGUGUCACUCUGCAAACCCGAAUGGCAUUUACUACACUGGCCCCUACACAGCUAACACUGACAAUGGGGUUGUCUGGUACACCUGGCAUGGAUGGUGGUAUUCUUUGAAAUCUGUGGUUAUGAAAAUCAGGCCAAAUGAUUUUAUUCCAAACGUUGUUUAACUGUCCCUGUCGGGCUUUCCUUUCUGUAACUCAUCUUGGUUUAAAGUGACUUGAAAAAUAGUAAAUCUGAAAAUAUAGACAUAUGAUGAUGGCA